AUGGACGCUGGGUUUAGUGAGACGCCAGAUGCGGUUUUCAGCGACAGAGUUCGCCGCUUUCAGGAAUUUUUAGACACCUUUGUUGGGUAUAAAGACGCCAUUAGGUCAAUUCAACUUCAUAACUUAGCGGAUGCCAAAACAGCAGAUGAUUCUGCCAAGAAACCGGACACUUUUGGGAAGAAGAUUCCACAGCGAGUAACUGUGUCGCUGGACGACCUACGGGAGUUCGACCGGUCGUUUUGGGCGGGGAUUCUUAACAUGCCAGCACAAUUCGUUCCUGCGGCAGAACGCGCCUUAAGCGAAACGGCUAUGACUCUUGAAGAAAGCCCCUCUAGUGCAAGUGCUGGAGCGAAUUUGGCAACAGUGCAGCAGUGGAGGCUGUCAUUUCGCGGCUCUUUCGGGGCACAUGCGUUGUCACCCAGAACAUUAAACUCGCACCAUCUCAACAAACUGCUAUCUAUCGAGGGUAUUGUUACCAAAGUUUCCCUGGUGAGACCUAAGCUGCUCCGAUCUGUACACUACGCUGAAAAAACUGGUCGUUUCCAUUACAGAGACUAUAGGGACGCAACCACCACUUUAACAACUCAGAUUCCAACUCCCGCUAUAUAUCCAACAGAGGACCCAGAGGGCAAUAAACUGACCACAGAAUACGGUUACUCGACCUAUAUCGAUCAUCAGCGAAUCACAGUUCAGGAAAUGCCCGAAAAGGCCCCGCCUGGUCAAUUACCUCGCUCCAUAGAUGUGAUAAUGGAUGAAGAUCUCGUCGACAAGACCAAGCCGGGUGACAGAAUCAACAUUGUCGGCGUUUACAAAUCCCUGGGUGGUGGUGGCUUGAGCUCAAGCGGUGACCAAUCUGGCGCACUGUCUGGGUUCAAAACCAUGGUUUUAGCCAAUACAGUAUACCCUCUACAUGCAAGGUCUACCGGUGUCGCAGCAAGGCAAGCUCUAUCAGACUCAGACAUAAGAAACAUCAACAAGUUAUCCAAACAUGAUGAUAUAUUUGAACUUUUGUCCCAAUCGUUAGCCCCAUCAAUUUAUGGUCAUGAGCACAUCAAAAAAGCCAUUCUAUUGAUGCUCUUAGGAGGUGUGGAAAAAAACCUGGAUAAUGGCUCACAUUUAAGAGGUGAUAUCAACUUAUUAAUGGUUGGUGAUCCAUCCACUGCUAAAUCUCAGCUUUUACGGUUUGUGCUAAACACAGCUUCUUUGGCUAUUGCCACUACCGGUCGUGGUUCUUCGGGUGUCGGUUUGACUGCCGCUGUAACCAUGGACAGAGAAACAGGAGAAAGACGGCUAGAGGCAGGUGCCAUGGUACUAGCUGACAGAGGGAUUGUCUGUAUCGAUGAAUUCGAUAAAAUGAGUGAUGUUGAUCGUGUUGCUAUUCAUGAAGUAAUGGAGCAGCAAACGGUAACAAUCGCCAAAGCUGGUAUUCAUACCACCCUUAAUGCCCGUUGUAGUGUUAUUGCUGCUGCAAAUCCUGUAUUUGGUCAAUAUGACUUGAAUAAAGACCCUCAUUACAAUAUUGCUUUACCGGAUUCUUUACUGUCAAGAUUUGACUUACUAUUCGUGGUUACCGACGAUAUCAAUGAAAACACGGACAGAGCCAUCAGUGAGCACGUUUUGAGAACUCAUCGUUAUCUUCCACCAGGAUACCUCGAGGGCGAACCAAUUAGAGAGGCAAUCAACCUUUCGCUCUCAGUUGGAGAUGAUGCUGUACUCAACGAAGAAGAAGAUGAUGACGACGAUGACGAGGGAAAGAUCUUUGAGAAGUUCAAUCCUUUAUUACAUGCAGGCGCCAAGUUGGCUAGGAACAUGGGAAACCGCCAAGGUACCGAACUGCCGCUCAUUGUUUCGAUUCCCUUCAUCCGAAAAUAUGUACAGUACACCAAAGAAAGAAUCGUACCUGUAUUGACUCAGGACGCGGUAAACAUGAUUGUAAAAACGUAUUCCGACCUAAGAAAUGACCAAAACACCAAGAAGUCCCCUAUCACCCCCAGAACUUUGGAGACAUUGAUUCGGUUAUCAUCUGCUCAUGCUAAAGUAAGGCUAUCCAAAACUGUAGAUGGUAAGGAUGCACGCGUUGCCACUCACUUGCUGAGAUUUGCGCUUCUUGGUGAGGACGAUGUGGGUCCAGACGUUGAAGUAGGUAGCGAAAGUCAAAGAUCUCCAACAAAGUCUCCACGAAAGAAGCAGCGCGUGAGAAAUGUGGCAACCGGCAUGAACUCGAUACAGUCUUCACCUUCUAGAGUCCCAAAGUUGAACACAAGCACACCAACUAGGGCGGGAGGGACCCCAAGGAGGCUAAACUUCUCAGAUAAUGAGAGUGAGGAAGACAAUGUAACUUCAGAAUUGGAACAUGAAGAUGAAUUUAUGCAAGAAGAGGAGUCCGACAUGGUCGCUCUGCCCGAAGAUCAAGAACAAGAUCUGCAAAGGAGGUUGGAAAUCGGAUUGCGGGUAUCGCCGAGGCGCCGGAAUCAAACCAAUACUAGUGCGCCAGUUACAGAAGAUGGAAGGCAUAUUUUAUCGCCAUCCGAAAACUUUAGGAGUAGACCAAUACUUUCGGCAGAAACGCCUCAAGAACAGCAAGAAAUUGUCUCCUCGGGGUCUAUGGAGCCAGGUACAAUAUCAACAAGCAGAUUGUCCUUGUUUUCGGGCAUUAUUGCGCGCUUGAUGCAGACGGAUCUUUUUGAAGAUCAAUCCUACCCAGUUGCAGCAUUGUUAGACCAAAUAAACGACGAGCUGCCAGAGGAAGAAAAGUUUUCUGCACCAGAAUAUCUCGCAGGGUUGAAGGUUAUGAGUGACAGAAACAAUUUGAUGGUUGCUGAAGAAAAGGUUUGGAGAGUGUAA